AUGGAUACAAUUAUUGAUAGAGGAGCACCGAAAGCUCGUAACUUUGAACCAUAUGCAAGUAAUGGAGGUUCAAUUGUUGCCAUUAGUGGUAAGGAUUUUGCAAUUGUUGCUUCUGACACUCGUCUUAGUGAAGGAUAUAUGAUUUAUACACGUAAACAGUCAAAGUUGUUCCAACUGUCUGACAAAUCGGUUCUCGGGUGCACAGGAUGUUGGUGUGACACAUUAUCACUGACCAAUAUUAUUCAGUCUCAAUUGAAGUCAUAUUUGUAUGAUCACAACACAAUAAUGCAGCCUAAUUCUAUUGCUCAAUUGCUAUCUACCCUGUUGUAUAGCAGACGUUUCUUCCCAUACUAUGUGUACAAUGUACUUGCUGGACUCGAUAGCAAUGGUGAAGGUUGUUUAUACAGUUAUGAUCCUGUAGGUCAUUGUGAAAAAGUUAAUUACACUGCUGGUGGCAGUUCUGGUGUUCUCAUGCAACCUUUUUUGGAUAGUUGGUUGGGAAACAGAACUGCAGAGAACCCUGUUACUGAAGAAGAAGCAUUGAGCUUGGUUAAAGAUGCAUUUACUGCAGCCGGAGAGCGUGAUAUAUACACUGGAGAUGAAGUAGUAUAUAACAUAAUUAAGAAAGAUGGAAUCAAGACAGGCGUGGUUCAACUUCGUAAAGAUUAA